UGUACGGCCAUGUGCAUUCAGAUCUCGUGACUCUGACCAAAAAGAUUGCAAAUUUUUUCAGUUUGUGUAUCAUUCUGGCAUUCCUUGCCCACAUGUAUUUUAUGGCCUCGGAUCUUUACAUACUUUGUGUAAUGAUCAGAAAUAUUGACCUUUGGGACUCCGAGGAAUCCUUACGAUUCCUAGUCCUCAAUUCGUGGCUUGUGUGUCACGCUAUCGAGAUGGUACUGAUUGUGGCCGCUUCUGAUUCGACCGUCAACGAGGCCAAUCGAACUGGAAGAGUCCUACACCGGAUGCUCAUCAACGCAAACAUGGAACAUUACGCAUGCAUGGGCCAACUUUUCUCGCUGCGUUUGCUGCACAGACAUUUGACUAUCUCGUUUUGGGGCUUGCUUCGAAUGAGAUUAUCGAUAGUCUACACGGUUCUUAGUACGGUGGUGAUCUACGUAACGAUCAUGAUGCAAUUCGACGGCCUGAAUCUUUAGGCGACGACUUGUAGCGAAGUAAUCGUUGUUGUGAUCGUUGUUGAGAUCAAGAUCAAAGGGGAAGUCUACCAGAGCUGC